AUGGGUCUGGCCGACGCGGCCAUCGCCCUCGCCGCGAGGCCCGCGCCCCCGGGCGAGCAGCUCCCGACCCAGAGCGAGAUCAAAUCCGUCACGCAAGCGUUUUCGGGACCGACGAAAGGCGGCGCGCCGUCGAAGGAAGAGAUCGCGCGGCUCGUCGCCGCCGUGAAGACGCCGCGGAUGGGCGUCGUCAGCGACGCGCUCACGUCCGGCAUCGGCGCCGCGUCGCGGUCCGUCGCGCGCGCGGGGCUGGACCGAGAGAUCAACGCGCUCACGGCCAAAGUCAAGGCGCGGAAGGAGGCGCUGGGCAUGGACCUGUUCGCGCCGCUCGACGCGGCGGAUUACGUGCAAGUCUCGACGAUGUACGCCGCGGCGCGGCGGGACGUCGAGGAGCUCGAGCGCGCGAUCGAAUUGAAGCGGUCGGCCAAAGAAGCGCUCCGCGCGGCCGCCGCGCCGCCGUCGCCGCCGGCCGCCGCCGCGCCGCCGCCAUCGCAGCCCGUCGUCGCCCGGACGCGGACGGCGCGGGACGUGGAGGGCGCGGCGGCGCGGGACCGCGCGCUCGCCGACGAGCUCUCGCGCGCGGCGGACGAUCUCUCGCGCGCGCUCCAGGUCCAGCGCUCCGACGCCGUCGACGCGCUCCGGCGCAGCCACGGCGACCGGGAGGCCGCGGCGGCGCUCCUGCUCGACCCCCCGCCGGGCAUCCAGGAGGCCCAGGUCCUCUCCGUGGAGCCGGUCCACGUGACCGCGACGCUCGUGCCCCACACGCCGGCGGACGCGCUCCCGGCGCCGCCGAAGAAGAAGUCCGUCACGCGGCGCCUCAGCGAGGCCCUGCGCGCGCCGAAGAAGAAAGGGUAG